UUUAUAACAGCUGUGGGCAGUAUAAGCCUUCUGUUAGCUGCAGGUGAGAAACCCUUACUGGAAGAGGAAAGGGUGGCCAUAUUUUCUGAUGCUCUGAACCAUGCAUCAAUCAUUGAUGGUAUUCGCAUUGCUGAGAAACAAAAGGGUGUUUCUGUUUAUGUCUACAGACACUGUGACAUGUCCCACCUUAAUGAACUAUUAACUGGAUGCAGAAUGAAGAAAAAGGUUGUCAUCACAGAUAGUUUGUUUAGUAUGGAUGGGAACUUUGCACCAUUGGGUGAGCUUGUCAAGCUUCGUAAC